AUGGUCGGAAAGACAGGAAUCGAACCUGCAAUCCCUUGGUCCCAAACCAAGUGCCUUACCGUUAGGCCACUUUCCGCCUUGUUGCCGCUAGUAAAAAUUUUGGGUUUCCAAGUUUUUCCUUUGCCUCUUGCUCAUAAAACUAACCAACCGGUAAAAGGCAUUGCUGAAAAAAUACUUGCUUUGACCAAAAAUAAUCCGCAUUUACAAGGCGAAAUUACUCCCCGAGGUUAUCUCAAUUUUCGCUUAACUGACAAUUAUUAUUAUCAAUUUCUCAAAAACAUUGUGACUGGUAAACUGUUCCCCGGCGGGAGGGAAAUCGGUCUCUCCGCUCAACCCAAAAAUUCUGUUUUGCUGGAAUAUGUUUCCACUAACCCUACUGGCUAUCUCCAUUUAGCCCAUUUUCGUCAUGCUUUUGUUGGCAACGCUUUGGCCAAUGUCUACCAGUUUUGUGGUUAUCAGGCAAUUAAAGAAUAUUAUAUUAAUGACCGCGGAGGACAAAUUACCUCUCUAAUUAACUCUAUUUACUACUUCUAUCACCAAUUACAAGGGGUUUCUCUCCCUGCUGAACUCGAGAAAAUAGAAUAUUCCGGUAAAGCCAGCCAAGAAGAUUUAGAAAAGUGUGGAGUUAAGUUUGAUGUUUGGUUUUCGGAAACCAGCUUAUACGAAAAAAAUAAGCACCAGGAACUAUUGGUUGAACUAAAAAAAAAGAAUUUAAUUUAUACUCAAGGAGGCGCCACUUUUUUCCGUAGUAGUUUAAAUGGUGCUGACCAUCAUGGUUCUAUCGCCCGACUGAAAAGUGCCUGGCAAUUGCUAGGAUACGAGCCGGAGGAUUUGCAAAUAAUUUUGGUUCAGAUAGUUAAUUUACUUACCAAGGAAGGUCAAGCAGAAAGAUUUUCCAAACGAGCCGGGAACACUAUUGAAUUAGCGGAAGCCUUAAAAUAUAUGGAAAUAGAGCAAUUAAAAUUUUUUCUGCUCGAAAAAGAAAACAAUCAACCCCUAGCUAUCAAUGUUGAGUUGCUAAAAGAAAACAAGGAAAAAACGCGCCUUUAUUACACCCAAUACGCCUAUGCCCAAGAAAUACAAGGUCUGAAUAAGGAAAUAGUAGAAAAUUUUGCUCCAAAAGAAUUGAAAGAUUUAUUGGAUUUAGAAGACGAAUUUCAAGAAAAAAUUGGUAAUUCAGAGAACUUUUCUGAAAGAUUUGAAGAACUAAGCAGUUUAGCCCGAAUAGUUAGAAAAAUUUCUGAGAGUAUAGAAGAAGUGAAAAGACUUAUGAACGGGCAAGACACCCAAGAAAUAUUAAAUUAUUCUUCGCCAGCCGAAGCGGAAAUCUACCAAAAUUGGCUUAACUAUUUGUAUAAAAUCGAAUUAGUCUCGGUGCCAAUAGGAUUAAAUGAAUGGGGAACAGCAAACGACAGUUUUUGGGAUGGAAUGAGUGAUAAAUUAUAUUCUCUUCACCGGAAAAAAAUCAUCAAAGAAACUAGUGAAGCCAUUGCCAACAGUUGUAAUCCUGAUGCUCUAACCGCUUUUCUUAAUGAGGAAGCCGAACGAGACCAUUUUCGCUCUGAGGAAUUUUGUAAGCGACCCUUUCCGACCCAAGAUAUUACUUGGCAAGACUGGUUAAAUGUUAAAAGGGAUAAUUUAUCAGCAAUUUUAACAAAAAAGGAGAAAAUCGAUAAAUUUUUAGAAGAAUAUAUUGGUAAGGACGAAGAGAGCAUUGCCGCAGCUAAAAACAAAGUUAAAAAAAGACUGGAAAAUGAUUUUAGUGCCACGAAAGAAAAUUAUGAAAUUCUUGGUCUUCCCGAGACCGCUUCGGAGGAAGAAAUCAAAAAAGCCUACAGAAAACUCUCCGUUAAACUUCAUCCUGACCGAGGCGGCGAUGCCGAAAAAUUUAAAGAAAUGGACAAUGCCUAUAAACAAAUUAUGGGUGGCGGAAAAGAAAAAAGGAAAUAUGAUUUUUGUCUAGUUGAGGACUUAGACGUUGGUGCAUAUGACGGGAAAUUAAUUGACGAGAGAUUUGGUGAACAAAUUGGACUUAUUAUCCAAGAAGAAUUAGAUGAUAAAGAAUUAACGGUGGAGGACUUAACGGAUUAUAAUGAAUUCCACCGAAGAGACGAAGAAGAAUUAGAAUUUCCAGAAUUGCGGGACGAAAAAGGAGAAUUUAAGCCAGUAGCGGAUUUUGUGGCCAGCCUCGGGGGAACUUAUCAGUAUCAAGCCAUCGAACUUACGAGAAAAUAUUUGGAAGUUAUUAAUGAUGCUCAGAGUGCGUUUAUUACAAUAUUAAAGUUAAAGAAAAUGUUCGGCAUCGAAAAAACUGACUACGAAAGAUUUAAAGAAAUGUUAAAAGGCAAAAAGGAUCAACUAGAAUUAACUGAGCGAGAAUUAACUGAACCGGGACAAAUUAAUUGUGUCAGAGCAUACAAAAAAUUAGAAAUUGAAAAAUACAAAAUAGGCCCCAAUGAAAAGGAAAAAAAAGCUAGAAUGGAUAAGCAAUUAGGGCGUCUUUAUGGAGGAGUAGUUGGCCGAAUUGGCGAGAUAAGAAAAGCCAAAGUCAAAUUAUUAGAAGAAUUAAAUGAAAAAAUAGAAAAAGGUCGUGGUUUAGAGGAAAGCAAGGAGGAAAAUCUUCAAUUUUUAACUGAGUUUGAGAAUUUUCUUACUUCGCUACAAGAGGCAACCAGUUAUGAAGUUGAAAUACAAACUAUGAUUAUUGAUGGCAAAAAAACAGUAGAAUCUGAAAGAUUUAGAAAGGUUGACGGAGAAUUAAAAUUCGUUAUAGAAACUAAGGAACAGUUAAAAGAUAUUAGAGAUAAGGAAGAGGAAAUUGAUCAAGAAGAUAUCAUUGAAACUCUUCCUGAUUUUUCCAGCGAAACCAGUGAACCAAUCACCCAAGAAGAAAAGCAAGCCAUUAUCGAAUAUUUAAAUGAUUUAGUAUUUGUCUUAGCCCCAAAAAACAGGCAACUUAAGAGAAAAGUCGAAGAUAUUCGCGAUAAAGCCAUCAAAAACAUUUGUGAAAUGAUUAAAGGUGGCGGAAGUGAUGAAGUUUUAACGAAAAGAAUUGAAGCAAUUUUAAAAGACUUUGCUUUAAUUUUAGAAAAAGAGAUUGAAACUAAACGAGAAAUUGAAUUAUCGCCUGAGCAAAAAAACCUGCUGGUAGUCGACAUGGUCGGAGAAAUCAAUAAUUCAGCGAGAAAGCUUACCGAAAGCAAGAGGAAAAUAUUAAGUUUUCUUGCCAAUAAUACCCAAAAUGAGAAAACUGGCGAAGACAGUGAAAACGAAAGAAUUGAACGAGAAAGAAUUGAGCGGGAAGCCAACGAAAGAGCCGAAGCCGAGCGAGUGGAGCGGGAACGUUUAGCUGCCGAAGCUGAGAAAAGCAACGAAACUAAGGCAGAGGACACUUCAACUCUCCAACCUCAACAGACAGUUCAACCAAACAAUACAGCUUCGGAUUCCACUUCUGGCACGAAUAGUAGUAGUAGUAGUUCGAAUAGUUCUUCACCUUCUUCCAGCAGCG